AUGACAACUAUUCAAACUCGCCGGGAGUCAUGGGACUCUUUAUCCUCCACAUUUGGCAAGCUUGACGUGUCGUUUUCGCAAGAUAGCUCUUACGGUUCCGAUGAAGUAUCAGUCUCCUCAACCACUACCGCGCCGCUUCCAUCCAGUGUCUCGACUGUUAGCGCACCAGACACACCUUCCUUGCAGCCUUUCCUGAAGUCUAUCCUCAAAAAGCCUACUUUUGAUUCGCUCGAAGACAUCGAAUAUGAGUCGGGCUACGAAUCAGACCACAUCGAGUUGGAAUAUGACUCACUUUCCGAAGACAACGAUAACCCUGAAAACAGGGACGGAGAUCAAAGUGAGAGCGAAAGCGAAGAUGACGCUGAAGACGAGGACGAUGAGGACGAAGACGAUGAAGACGAUGAAGACGAUGACGACCUCGACUGCGCUUCAGCUGACUUUUCCGACUUCUCUGUUUGGGACGAAGAUACAAAUGUCGAAGUACCUGAGUCACGAAACGACCACACUGAAUCAUUUGAUGACACUUUCAUCGGGUUUGGGGCCUCAGUUCAUUUCCACCCCAAGAUUGAGUACUUUGAUCGUGCCCCCAUGGAUGAAAGCGAGGAGCCGGAUGGUCAAAUGACCGCGCAUGAAAUGAUGCUUCUUGCCAUGAAGUCGGGCGAUUCUCAAAGUUCUUGGCCUCAGCCUGAUGGGGACGUCUCAGAUGAUGAAUGUGAAACCGACCAUAAAGAAUUUGUCGACGAUGUCCAUAUCCGUCUCGAAGACUUCACAGAUGAGACUGUCGAAGACGACCGCCGCCAGUUCAUCGCUUACAUUAUUGCAAUUCACGGGGACUCAACAAAAUACGAGCCUUACCUCAGCGCGCAAGCCAACAACAUCCGUCUCGGCCGUAAGGCUGAGUCUCCCGACGAUGGCCCACCCAUGUACCUCGACACCGUCUCCAAUCAUGUCAUCGGACUCUUCCGACAUUUACUUCCUGCAGACGAGCUGAAUGCUCUGAUUGCAGCCCGCAAAGACCAAAGGUCACAGCACAUUCAAUCGAAGAGUUCGGAAGCCGGCACGCACGAGCUCACUCACUCACGUCUGCUAAAUCAGAUUGAGUGCCUCUUACUGGACCGCUUGACAAACGGCCAAGUCGAAAUUACGCCGAACGAGUUGAGCUUCUUCGCCAGUGGUGUUCUACAUGCUCUCGGUACUAACGACCUGCCACCUUUGGCGUAA